AAAGAUAUAUACGUACAGAUCAGAGAACUUGUCUGACACUCCAACAAUGGCUAAUUCCAAUAUUGUUUUGCUACUGAUCAAUUUCCACCUCAUAUUUCUGUCGAGCUUGAAUUUCUCGGAGGCUCAGUUGGCCCCGGCCGUAUUUAUAUUUGGAGAUUCUCUAGUAGACGUGGGCAACAACAACUACCUGAAGAAUACAGUUGUCAAAGCAAAUUUCCUCCCGCAUGGAAUCGACUAUCCCGGCAUGAAACCUACCGGGAGGUUUUGCAACGGCAAGAAUGUUGCAGACUUCAUUGCUGAGAGAGCGGGGUUGCCUUCUUCACCACCAUAUCUCUCCUUGGUAUCCAGGCCUGGCAAGAUCGACAACGCGACGUCGUUGCUAACUGGUGCAAACUUCGCCUCCGCGGCUGCUGGAAUCCUUAACAAUACAGGAAUAGCACUUUAUAAAGAGUUAAUACCUUUGGCGACACAAGUAGACUACUUUGCAACGGUAUCUGAAGAGUUGAAGCAACAGCUAGGACCCUCUGCUGCGCAGAAGCGUUUUGCUAAAUCUGUCUUCGUGAUUGUGACUGGAAGCAACGAUAUCAUCUAUUACGUGCCGUUUGCUGAUCCCAGCGGCAAGUACAACACCCAACAGCAGCGCAUGGAUUUCGUACUUGAUACACUAGAAGAACAAUUAAGGCGUCUAUAUGAUUACGGUGCACGUAAGUUUGUGGUUACGGGGGUCUCCGCACUCGGGUGCUGCCCGUUUCUGAGGGCUUGGGACGAAGGAGGUGUAUGCAACGAAGUAGUGAACUCCCUAACUGUAACGUUCAAUGAAGGCAUUGAGCCGAUGUUGCGGAAAUUGAAAUCAGAAGUCAAGGAUAUGAGCUACACUUACUGCGAUUCGUACGGUAUAUUGCAAAACUUAAUCCAGAACGCAAAACUUUAUGGAUUUGAUGAGAAUAAAGCUGCAUGUUGUGGACAAGGGAACUAUCGUGGUAAACUUACUUGCAUGCGAACUUCGCCCUAUUGUUCCAACAGAAGCGACUACCUCUUCUGGGACCCAUUCCAUCCUACAGAGGCCGGUCAGCGCAUCCUUGUAGACAACAUUUUUGACGGUCCUUCAAAAUACACAUUUCCGUUGACUGUGCGGCAGCUAAUUGCUUUGUAGACUCGGUAUUGCACAGCCCUCUGAACUGCCGCGCCUUCAUAAUGCAGGACCUGAAUCACCACAGCAGCAGCACAAAAUUCGUCAUUGUACUGUUGUUUCUGUGCGUAACAAUAACUGUUAGAUUGUGAGCGGAGGUGCUUGGAAUUUGGGAUGGGCAAAACCCUAC